GGUCGCGGAGAAUGGGCGUGUCAUGCGUGGGAUGACAUGGAUUCUUCGAGGCCUUGGGGUGGCGGUAUAUUGGGAAAGCGCAUUGUAUACCGAGAUGUCCCCACGGGCAUCGUUUCACCCCGUCGCCGAAGAGAAUGGGCGUGUCAUGACAUGGGCUGACAUGGAUUCUCCUAGGCCGUGGGUGGCGGUAUAUUCGGAAUGCGCCCUGAAAUACCGAGAUGUCCCCAUGGGCAUCGAUUCCACCCGCCUAGGUUGGAUGGUCGUGCUUCGUUGGAAAGCAUGGAUCCGCCUAGGCUGUCCCGAGUUGAGCAAGGUUGUUACGUCGUGCGGGUUUCUCGGCGUCACAUCCAGUUUACCUUUUGCGGAUGUUCUUGGCAACCAUCUUUUGAUGGGAAGUGGAUAUCGGCUGGUAGUGACACGAGGCUCCCGGUUUUGUGUGUAUCCUUCGCACUGCGGCUCCGAUAUUCGCAGCCUAGCCGAAUAUUUCGGAGGAGUCGGGGAACGAUUGAUGUUUUUGGGUCAAUUGAACGUUCGGCGUAUGAGUGGUGAUCGGAUAGCUAGUGUUUGUAGGCUCCGUGCUCGCGCACCCAACUACUUACCACCUAUCCUUCUCAGUUACUUCACGGGCGAUGUUACGCUCGAUGAUCGGAUCCGGGGCCUGUGUUGCGUACCUAACUAGAAGGUAUUGUUGAGUUUGGUUUACACCUUUGUCCGCGGCAUCUCCUUCGUGGGGAAGUCGUGGGCACAAAAAUCGGCCCUUGUUUACCUCUCGACAUUGCAUUUGUUGCCUUGUUCGCAUUGGUGAAUAAGUUGCCGGUUGAAAU